AUGAAGAGCCUACGCCUAGAUCGAUGGGCAUCCCAAUUGCAGCCACCUAGGAACCCGCGGUUAUACCUCUUCGCCCAGAGAUGUCCCUUUUCCACAGCACAUGAGACGAGACCGAGGCGGAACAUACCUCAACAGCAUCAGCAAGCACAGUCAUUGCAGCCUCAGAAACGGAAUAUCGAUGGCAGGCGACAUGCAUCGAACGCUGCGGCAGUGGAGCAGAACGAUGCAUUGGCAUAUGGGGAGGAGGGUGUUGAACAGCAAAACAUACCGCCGAACUUCCCACGCCACCGGGAAGCAGUAAAGUCGGCGAAGCUAUCGGCAUUGCAUGCAAGACUGCAGCUGCCUUCCAAGCUACCUUUACAGACAUUGGCGAGGUGUUUGAUAGACCCUUCAGUGGACGCACGACCCGGCUACAACAAUGCUCCUUUGGCACUACUCGGCCAGGAGCUGCUGAGUUAUUACACUUCCGAGCACAUAAUAUGCCACUAUCCUCGCCUGCCGAUGCCCGUUCUGUUCGCCGCACAGUACGCCUACGUCGGACCACCAACAUUGGCUGCGUUACGAGGGGAGUGGGGUGUGGAAGUGGUGGCGGCGCCGGGGCCUGAAGUCGAUCCUGGACUUCUGCAGCUGAAGAGAACGCCGGCUGGUAACGCCCUAGAUGAGAGCGGGACGAUGAGGCUCAAGGAUAUGCCGGGUAACAAAAGGAUAAGAUUUGGGUUGCGGAACGAUGAGCCACACUACAGGCGCGGGAUGAGCAGCAGAAUCAUACACGAUGACGAGUUUGGCGAUCUUCGCGAUGAGCUGUCUUCCGCUGAUGAGCGAGCUCCAUUCCCCGGCGCACCCAGUGCCGAAGCUGGGGAAGGAGCUGCGGCGGAAGUGCGAACACAGCAACAAGACCUGACUCCACGGGAAACACAGCCAGAAACGGUUCAAAACGCCAGUGCAAGAUUUAUACGGGCACUCACAGGCGCGCUAUAUCUCCACGCGGGCACUGAAGCCGCGAAGUCAUUCCACAAGGCCCACAUCCUGAGCCGGCACCUGAAGCUGCACGAGCUCUUCAACUUUACACACCCCACACGAGAUCUGUCGAGGCUAUGCGCACGAGAGGGCUUUGAGCCGCCUGUUGCCAGACUCAUCAGUGAGACUGGACGACUUUCGCGGACACCAGUCUUCGUAAUUGGAGUAUUUAGCGGCAACGACAAGCUAGGCGAAGGCACGGGUGCUUCACUGAAUGAGGGCCGCAUAAGAGCCGCUGCAGCAGCAUUAAGAGCAUGGUAUCUGUACAGCCCACCGGACACGGAAAUAGUGGUGCCUUCGGAUGUAGAGGGCGGCCAUCUCAUGAAGCGCUGGAAACCACAGAUGGUGGACAUGGGCGAGAUUUUGACGUGA